AUGUCAGUUUCUACAGCUACCAGUUAUAUUACAUCUCAAGAUGGUUCUCAAUCAUUUCCAGUCACGCUUGUAAGGAACAUAGACACAGGCUAUUUUUUAUUAAAGCCCCUUUUACCGUUAUUAAAGCAAUUAGAUGAGGAGAAACAAUCUGUAGAUGUUGAAGAAUUGCGUCAUGAUACAGAAACAUCAUCUGAAUAUGACGAUCCAGAGGCUCUUGCUAAUUUAUUAUCAAGGUUAAGAUUACUUGUUGAUACGGAUGAAAAUGAUGAAAAAUGGAUUACUGGGAAAAUGGCAUAUGAUGUAUUAGAUCGUUUACAUAUUUUAUAUUUGUUUGAGAAUAGAUUUGACGAAAACAAUGAUGAUUCUGGAAAUAAAACACCUAAAGAUGAAGACAUUACCCAGAAUGAAUCCGUGUUGGAUGAUAUGAAGAAAGAAGAUUCUGCGGCCACCAGUACAACAACCACUCAUUUGGAAGGGAAACCUGAACAGUCUGAAAAUAAGAACAAUGACGAUGACGAUAAGUCACAUAAGCAAUUGAGUAAUGAUAAUGAUAAUAAUGGAAAGGAUUCUACAGUUCAAAAUACACAAGAAUUAAAAGAUGACCGAACUGGUUCAAUAAAGAGAUCAACUAACGCCGAUGAUAAUAUGAAUGUUGAUUCACAUAGAGAGCUAGGCUCUCCCUUAAAGAAAUUAAAAUUCGAUGCAGCUUCAUCAUUGAAAAAUACUCUUGAAGACUUAAGUGAACAAAAAGUGGUAACGGAAACGAAACCAACAUUAAUGGUAUCAGAUGUAAGCGAUGUAAAACCUAUUGUAAUAUUUGAUCAUGAUUUAAAAUUGAAUAAUGAAAUUUUAAAGACCCCUUUACAAUUAAGUCAAACAACUAAAUUUGACGACAAUACCGACAAUAACCAAAGAAUUAAACUUGAAACUUUUCUACAAAAAUUAUUAUUUCCAGAAGCUCAACAUGCUGAUAAUUCUAAAGAAUCUGACGUUCUAUCAGCAGCUAGUUUUGAUUCUUUAUUAAAAGAUGUAGACCAAUCUUUCCCAAACAUUGAUUGGAACCUAAAUAUUCCAGUGGAUGAACAUGGUAAUACUCCUCUACAUUGGUUGACAUCCAUUGCUAAUAUUAGUAUGGUUAAAGAAUUGGUAAAACAUGGUUCUGAUAGAUUGAUAGGUGAUAAUAUGGGUGAGUCUGCUUUAGUAAAAGCGGUUAAAUCUGUAAAUAAUUAUGAUUCUGGUACAUUUGAGGAACUUCUAGAUUAUUUAUACCCUUGUUUGAUUCUAGAAGAUUCAAUGGACAGAACUAUCCUGCAUCAUAUCAUCAUUACAUCUGGUAUGACUGGAUGCUCUUCUGCUGCUAAGUACUAUCUUGAUAUCUUAAUGGGUUGGAUUGUUAAACAACCUUCAAGACCUCCAAAAGACGAGAAAGGAAAGGACGCAAUUUUAGAGAACUUGAAUUUGACCUGGGUUAUCUCGACAAUGUUAAACGCCCAGGACUCUAAUGGUGAUACUUGUUUGAAUAUUGCAGCAAGAUUAGGGAAUGUAUCUAUUGUUGACGCAUUAUUAGAAUAUGGUGCUGAUCCUCGUAUUCCGAAUAAAUCUGGUCUUCGUCCAAUUGAUUUUGGUGCUGGUACUUCCAAAUUAAAUUCACAAGAAAAAAAUGCAGAUAUUAAUUCAGAAAUUAAGGAUGAGGAUAUGACUAAUAAUGACGAAAACAUAAAUUUGAUAAGUGGUCUUAAGAAUAUUAAGAAACCCGAUACUGAUGGAUUGGUUAAUGAUAUAAAGACUUUGUUAUCGGCAGUCUCUAAGGAUUAUGAAAUCGAAGUAAACCAACACAAAGAAAAGUUAAAUAAAUUGCGUACAGAUCUAGGUGAACAAAGGGAGAAACUGGCGACAUCUAGAGAUGAAUUGGCCAAAUCAAAAGAAAUCCGUGAUCAAUAUAACCUUCUCAAAGAACAAUUGAAAAAUAUCAAAGAUGGUAUUGAAACAGAAGAACGAACAUUCCUAGAAGAAAGUAAAAAACUUGGUAUAUCGCCGGAAGAGACUUCAGGUAUAGAUUGGGAUUCGAAUGAAUACGAUGCUGAUGAACCGUUUAGAGUUAACUUUAUAUAUGGAUUAUUAGAAGACAAGCUGAAUACAAAGUACAAUGGUGACAUGGAUAAGUUACUAGAGGAAACAAACGUUGAUGCUGUUGUUCGAGAAAUUCAAGAAAAUUAUGAUAAUAAUGAGGACAAGAUAAAUGACAUGUUACCACCAGCCGUCUUGUUAAAUGCUAGGAUUAGUGCGUAUAAAAGAAAUGACAAACAUUUAGAUGAUACAUUGAAUUCCAUAAAGGAUAAACAAAGCAAACUUGAGGCCAAAUUUAGAAGGGUGUUAUCGUUGUGUCUAAAAAUUGAUGAAGAUAAAGUUGAUGGUAUGUUGGAUGGUUUGCUACAAGCUAUAUCAUCAGAGGAUCCACAAGAUAUUGACACUGAUGAAAUGCAGGACUUUUUGAAAAAGCAUGCAGUAUGA